AUGCCCACGAUCUGUGGACAGGGACCAGAAUGUGGCAGCCCCUUGACCAAUGUUCAGAGCACACUUCCCCUCGUAGGGGACAGGCAGAGCUUCAAGGGCUCCCUGGAUAUCAGAGAUUCACAAAGAGGUGACAAUGGUUCCUACUCCUUCAUGAGAGAGAAAGGAAAUGAGUUGUGGGCUCUCGACAUUUGGGAACAUCAUGGAGCCACAGGACAGACCUGGGAUGGGACCCCAUUAAACCUGACCUACUCUGUGCCCUGGGCCUCUGAGAGCAGGACACCUCCCAUCUCCUGGAUGUCAACUGCCUUCACCUCCCUGGGCCCAAUGACCCCUCUCUCCUUAGUGCUAAGCCUCACACACAGGCCUCAGAACCAUGGCACCAACCUCACCUGUCAGGUGACCUUCCCUGGAGCUGGUGUGACUGUAGAUAGGACAAUGCAGCUCAGUGUCACCUGUGAGUAA